CGCUUGUUGGGUGAUCCAAAAUCAACUGCGUACAAAAUUCAUCAGAAAAAAAAUUAACAAAUCUGCUCGUAGGUGUUUCAUGUGAGUCUUUUUGUGUCAAAAAUAGGUGCAAUUCGUGAAAUCGUGAGCAUUAUCUUGAAACUUAAUGAGAAAAACGAGGUGUUCACUGUAACUUUGUAGUGGAGUGUGUUCUGUGACUCUUAUUCUUGGGUAAGGGUAAACGUUAUUGCUUUUGGCCAAGGAUCGCGAUAUAGAACGUGCUUUUUGCUUGUGACUCCGUAUUAGCUUCCGAACUCUGCACUCAAAUACUUGCGACAGUAAAAUCAAAAUUUGCGAAAAACUGCCAUCGAAGCUGAUCGUUAGGAGCUCCGCUGUCCGUGUAUCAGCAUGUCUUAUCAGAUGCCGCAAAAUAGAACAAUGUCGCAUAAUCCGUACAAUCCUUCGGACAUGCCGAUACAAUCGGCAAAAGAGCAAACACUAAUGUGGCAGCAAAAUUCAUACCUCGGUGAUUCGGGCAUCCAUUCAGGGGCGGUGACGCAGGUACCAUCGCUAAGCGGAAAGGAUGACGAAAUGGAAGACGAUCCGCUAAUGUUCGACAUGGAUCAAGGCUUUUCGCAAAAUUUCACCCAGGACCAAGUUGACGAUAUGAACCAGCAACUGAGUCAGACGCGCUCGCAGCGCGUUCGCGCUGCAAUGUUCCCGGAAACGCUGGAAGAAGGCAUUGAGAUCCCUUCGACACAGUUCGAUCCGCAGCAACCGACUGCUGUCCAACGGUUGGCUGAACCCUCGCAGAUGCUAAAGCAUGCAGUCGUCAAUCUGAUCAACUACCAGGACGAUGCGGACCUGGCGACGCGUGCCAUUCCUGAGUUGAUCAAGCUGCUGAACGACGAGGACCAAGUGGUGGUGUCACAGGCAGCCAUGAUGGUCCAUCAGUUGUCAAAGAAGGAGGCGUCCCGGCACGCGAUCAUGAACAGCCCACAGAUGGUGGCAGCUCUCGUUCGCGCUCUCUCUAACUCGAACGAUCUCGAAACAACGAAAGGGGCGGUCGGGACACUGCAUAACUUGUCGCACCACCGGCAAGGCCUUCUGGCCAUUUUCAAGUCCGGCGGUAUCCCAGCUCUGGUGAAGUUACUAUCGUCACCGGUCGAAUCGGUGCUGUUCUAUGCAAUCACAACGCUGCACAACUUGUUGCUACAUCAGGACGGUAGCAAAAUGGCAGUACGACUGGCGGGAGGCCUUCAAAAAAUGGUCGCCCUACUGCAGCGCAACAAUGUUAAAUUUCUUGCCAUCGUCACCGAUUGCUUGCAAAUCUUGGCGUACGGUAAUCAGGAGAGCAAGCUAAUUAUCCUUGCAUCGACUGGCCCGAGCGAACUGGUGCGCAUCAUGCGGUCGUACGACUAUGAGAAGCUGCUAUGGACUACGUCGCGCGUGCUAAAAGUGUUGUCGGUUUGCUCGAGCAACAAACCGGCCAUAGUUGAGGCGGGCGGCAUGCAGGCUUUAGCCAUGCACCUAGGUAACCAAUCGCAGCGUUUGGUGCAGAACUGUUUGUGGACACUGCGCAACCUUUCUGAUGCGGCCACGAAGGUUGACGGUCUCGAAACACUACUGUCCGGGCUAGUAACGGUGCUUGGAUCGUCUGAUGUAAACGUGGUUACGUGCGCGGCGGGCAUCCUGUCCAAUUUAACGUGCAACAAUCAGCGUAACAAAGUGACCGUUUGCCAGGUUGGUGGUGUCGAAGCGCUUGUGGGCACCAUUAUUAACGCCGGUGAUCGUGAGGAGAUCACCGAACCAGCGGUAUGCGCCCUGCGUCAUUUGACAUCACGCCACCCAGAAUCAGAAGCUGCCCAAAACGUUGUUCGCAACGGGUAUGGGUUACCAGUGAUCGUGAAGCUACUUAAUCCGCCCUCGCGUUGGCCACUGAUUAAGGCCGUUAUCGGACUGAUCCGCAACUUGGCGCUCUGCCCGGCUAACGCAGCCCCGCUACGCGAACAUGGUGCUAUCUAUCUGUUGGUCCGGCUGCUUCUAAAGGCAUUUCAGGACACUCAGCGGCAACGCUCGUCGUUGGCGACCAAUGGCUCGCAACCACCGGGAGCUUAUGCGGAUGGAGUACGCAUGGAGGAGAUCGUUGAAGGCACAGUUGGAGCACUUCAUAUUUUGGCUAAGGAGGAGUACAAUCGCCAGGUUAUUCGUUCACAGAACGUUAUUCCGAUUUUCGUGCAACUACUCUUCUACAAUGACAUUGAAAACAUUCAGCGCGUCGCUGCUGGUGUUUUAUGUGAGCUGGCCGUCGAUAAAGAGGUGGCUGAAAUGAUUGAAGGUGAGGGCGCUACGGCACCGCUUACUGAGCUGCUUAAUUCAGCCAAUGAGGGUGUUGCUACGUAUGCCGCAGCUGUUCUGUUCAAAAUGAGCGAAGACAAAUCGAUGGACUACAAGAAGCGAUUCUCUAGUGAGCUAACAACCUUACCUGUUUUCCGUGACGAUAAUAUCUGGAACAAUGGGGAGCUCGGAAUCGGUCCAGACUUGCAGGACAUUCUUUCGCCGGAACAAGCCUAUGAGGGUCUAUAUGGACAGGGUCCUGCAAGUGUGCACAGUUCGCACGGUGGUCGUGCAUUCCAACAAGGAUACGACACACUUCCCAUAGAUUCGAUGCAGGGUCUCGAGAUCGGUGGAGGCAAUACCGUAGGUAACGGUGUGCCAGUAGGCAAUCAACAGCAAUCUGUCGCAGGUGGCGGUCACACGAGCAUGUCCUCCUCGGGACAGCCCACGUCGCCGUACGGAAUGGAUAUGGACGUUGGUGAGAUGGACGCUAGCGAACUGAACUUCGAUCAUCUGGAUGUCAUGCCAUCGCCGCCACAGGACAACAACCAGGUGGCUGCCUGGUACGAUACCGAUCUCUGAAAACUGCGCCCUUUCGAAAUCCAACCCAGCACCUCCACUCCAUUUGGUCCCAUUUGCUGCCAUCAACGAGAGAAGUCCAUCGUUCACACAAGAGAAGUCCAUCUGACACUCGCUGGCCACAGUGAGGCCACAUCCACACGUUCCCGCUGGCUAGGGAUUAUUCACGUAUAUUAAACAUUUUUUGAUGCUGAUGCAUGAUUUUGCCUCAUAUUUGUUGACAAAAUGAUGUUUUUUCUUUUAACAACAAAAUAUUGUAAAACAUAAUUUGUCUAUUACUUUUUUAUAACGUAAUAUAAAGCUGCCCAACAAGGUGCAAACUACUUCGUCGUCGAAAUAGCUUGAUAUUGCGCUCGUUAUGGCGGUAAAUUUUAAUUUUAUAACCAGCAUCAAAAACACAUAUAUUCAUUAGAUUUAAACAAAUGAAAAAAGUAAAUCUCACAAAUGAAACCACCAUCGAUUAAAACGGAAACAAACCGCGAAAUUUAUCCUUUACUAUUAUAUACCUAUGCGAAUUAUAUACGAAGAAGCGCCCCCAUGCAGGUUAUAUUAUUAUAUUUUUGGUAUUUUUAUUUUAGAUUCAUCGGUUCCAUUUUUGCUUCGUUUUACCCCGUUUGCCGUAUAGUUUCAAUUGCGAUUACGGCUGGCGUAAUCGUGUUAAGAUUAGCUAUCGUUAAACAUUCUAAACAAUAUUUCAGAUGUUUACAAUUAAACAAUUUUUUCGUAUUCGUAUUUAGUUUCACAUUUCGAAUUUGAAGAUAUUCGUUUUUCGUUCUGAAAUCUUUAACUGAACCGAAAAACAAGCAAAAUAUAGGACACAUUUUACAGAAAAAUGCAAUUGAAUUUUAUAAAAUAAGUGCUUCCAAGAAAUCAGAUUGAAAUAAAGCGGCCACACACUCAAUGCCCCCAAUUCUUUUGUAGAAGAAGCCUUUGUCCGACAAGUUAAUUAAAGACGUCUCUGUGAGUAGAAUUCGUCUGUCAGAAGUGAGGGUGUUCUGAUGUACGUCUUGUGUUUUUUUUAAUUUUUAUUUUAUGUUAUUAUACACUGCUUUUCAUAAUGAUAGCCUCACUCGUUUUUCCAGACUGAGGCUUAGAUAAAACGCUAAACCUAUUUUUGGUAGAUGAUGAAUCAAUUAGUUUUGCA